UUACUCCUCAUGCUCACGUUCUCAUGUGAAUCAGAGAGUGCGUGAGUGAGUGAGUGAGUGAGUCUAUUGUGAGUGAGUGAGAGUGAAGUGAAGUGACUGAAGGGAGUGCUCCCACAAUAUUUAUAUAUAUAUUUAGCUUUCUGUGUGAGUGGAUGGAUGGCUGGGUUUUUAUUAUUAGUGUGAAUUUGUUUAGCCCAACUUCAUCACAGUGGCUGCAGUCUGUGAUUGUUGAAAGUCUCGGAGUAUGAAGCCUUUCUCGUGGGUCUAGUGAAAAGAAAAAGGGGUGUGUCUCGAGUGUGUCGUGUCGCUUUUGGGUUUUGUCGCUGCAUGUUGUUGUUACUGCUGCGGAGUUGGAGGCAUUGUUUAGGGUCUGACCCCUUUCGGACUUGUUUCGUGUGACGCCCGCUCGUGGGAUCCUCCUCCUGGGUGCGUGUGUGGAUGUCUAUGCGGCGAGAGUGUCUGCUUUUGUGUUGAAAAAGUGUGAAUUGGGGCGGGGUGUGCGACGAGGAGUUGGGGCGUUGUAGAGCUAAGUGGAAGUGGAAGAAAGGGGAGGGGGGUGGAACGUAGGUUGAUUGAUAGAAUAUCUUUUGAACGUCUUCGGAAGGUGGACGGUUUGGGAAGUCUUGAAAGAUGAUGUUACAGAAGAUGGCGUCGAUUGACGCCCAGAUGCGGCUGCUCGUGCCAAAACGAGUGUCUGAAGACGACAAACUAAUCGAGUACGAUGCGCUUCUGCUCGAUCGGUUCCUUGACAUCCUCGAGGAGCUUCACGGGAAAGAGCUGAAGGAUAAGGUCCAGGAUUUGUACGAGUUGUCCGGGUUGUACUCCAAGACGGAUGGUGCAGGGGACGUACAGAAGCUCCAGCAGCUUGCAGACGUGCUGAAUAACCUAGACCCUGGAGAUGACAUUGUUGUAGCAAGUUCAUUUUCACACAUGCUUAAUCUCGGAAAUUUAGCCGAAGAGGUUCAAAUUGCUCUGCGACGACGUGUUUCGAAUGCUAAGAAAGGUGACAUCGGAGAUGAAAACAGCGCCUUGACAGAGUCGGAUAUGGAGGAGACAUUGCAUCGCCUUGUAAAACAACUUAAAAAAUCACCCCAGGAACUUUUCGAGGCACUGAAGGAGCAGACUGUGGAUCUUGUUUUCACAGCACAUCCCACUCAAGCUGUUCGCCGGUCUCUUCUUCAGAAGCAUUCUCGAAUUCGAAACUGCCUGUCACAAAUGUAUCAGAAGGACAUUACAGCAGACGAGAAAAAGGAGUGGGACGAAGCUCUACAACGAGAGAUUCAAGCUGCCUUCCGCACUGACGAGAUUAGGCGAUCACAACCCACACCCCAGGAUGAGAUGCGUGCUGGCAUGAGUUAUUUUCACGAAACUAUAUGGAACGGUCUUCCCAAGUUCUUGCGUCGUGUUGACACCGCAUUGAAGUCGAUUGGGGUGAAGGAGCGUCUUCCACACAAUGUCAAACUCAUUCAUUUUUCAUCUUGGAUGGGUGGUGAUCGUGACGGCAACCCACGCGUGACGCCGGAGGUCACUAGAGAUGUGUGUUUGUUGGCCCGACUGAUGGCAGCUAACCUUUAUUUCGCCCAGAUUGAAGAUCUCAUGUUUGAGCUGUCAAUGUGGCGGUGUAGUGAUGAGCUCAGAGAAAGGGUGUCGAAGAUCGAAUCCCUGCAUCGCAAGGAAGCAAAGCACUACAUUGAAUUCUGGAAGCAUAUUCCUCCCAAUGAGCCAUUCCGUGUGUUACUGGGUGACAUGCGUGACAAGUUAUACAGCACGCGUGAACGCAUGCGGCAAUUGUUGCAGAUGAAUGGGAAGAGUGACAUUCCUGUAGAAGAAACUUACACAGAUGCCUCACAGAUUUUGGAGCCAUUGGAGCUUUGUCACAGGUCGCUUUGUGAGACUGGAGACAAGCCCAUUGCAGAUGGAAGUCUUUUGGAUUUCAUGCGUCAGGUAUCAUGUUUUGGUUUGAGCCUGGUGAGGCUAGACAUUCGGCAGGAAUCUGAUCGUCACACUGACGCCAUCGAUGCCAUCACCAAUUACCUUGGUAUUGGCUCGUACCGCAAUUGGUCUGAAGAAGAACGUCAGGAAUGGCUUCUCUCAGAACUUCGUGGGAAGCGUCCUCUGUUUGGAUCUGAUUUACCAGUGACGGAUGAAGUCAAGGACGUUUUGGACACUUUGAAAGUCGUCGCUGAGCUACCUCCAGAUUGCUUUGGUGCUUAUGUCAUUUCCAUGGCAACAGCUCCUUCAGAUGUAUUGGCGGUGGAGCUACUGCAGCGCGAAAGCCGAAUUAAGCAGCCACUGCGAGUGGUGCCCUUGUUCGAGAAGCUCGCCGACUUAGAAGCAGCCCCCGCGGCCCUUUCACGACUCUUUUCCAUUGACUGGUAUCUGAACCACAUCAAUGGGAAGCAAGAGGUCAUGAUAGGAUACUCGGAUUCGGGAAAAGAUGCAGGACGGCUGUCAGCAGCGUGGCAAAUGUUUAAAGCGCAGGAGGACUUGGUGAAAGUUGCUAAGCAGUAUGACGUUCGUCUCACCAUGUUCCAUGGACGAGGGGGCACGGUAGGUAGGGGUGGAGGCCCAACACAUCUUGCCAUUUUAUCACAGCCCCCGGACACAAUUAACGGAUCGCUGCGAGUGACGAUCCAAGGAGAAGUUAUUGAACAAUCUUUUGGAGAGGAGCACCUGUGUUUCAGAACAUUGCAGCGCUUUACAGCAGCUACACUGGAACAUGGAAUGCACCCUCCAAUCGCCCCAAAACCCGAAUGGAGACAGCUCAUGGAUGUCAUGGCAGUGGCAUCCACAAACGAGUACCGCUCCAUCGUAUUUCAGAAUCCAAGCUUUGUGGAAUAUUUCCGCGCGGCGACACCAGAGCUCGAAUACGGCCGCAUGAACAUUGGAAGUCGUCCCUCCAAACGCAAACCUAGCGGAGGCAUCGAGUCUCUACGAGCCAUUCCCUGGAUUUUUGCAUGGACGCAGACACGCUUCCAUCUGCCUGUCUGGCUGGGCCUUGGAUCAGCUCUGAGAGACGCACUCCGGACUGACCCCAGGAAUAUUGCUACUCUUCGUCGGAUGUACAACCAGUGGCCGUUUUUCCGUGUAACUAUCGAUUUAGUCGAGAUGGUGUUUGCAAAGGGUGAUCCUCGUAUAGCCGCCUUGUAUGAUGCUUUGCUUGUGUCAGAUGAGCUGAAGCCUUUGGGAGAGGAACUGAGACGCAAGUACAGCGAGACGAGAGAUCUCCUCCUGAAGAUCACAUUUCACGAUGAGAUCUUACAAGGAAACCCCUCGCUGAAACAACGUCUACGACUUCGAGAACCCUAUAUCACGGCUCUUAACGUGCAGCAGGCAUUAGUGCUGAAGAAGAUGCGUGAUCAGAACUCUCAGUUCUGUUCACAACAAAACGGUAGCAAGGACCAAUCCGACGUGCCGACAACACCCAGGCGUGCUGCAGAGCUGGUAAAACUGAACCCCACAACUGAAUUCGCACCUGGGCUCGAGGAUACUCUAAUUCUCACCAUGAAGGGUAUCGCGGCCGGCAUUCAAAAUACAGGAUAGAGGGUAGAUGAGAAAGACCUCAACUUCCGCAUCUGUAAGCUGAAAUCAAUACCGAGAUCCAUCAACGAGGUGUCGUCUUUGGGACAUUGUUUUUAUCACUCAAAAGUGCUCGAGGCUGCCAACCAAUCGUCAAUACGUAUAAAGCUGCCAUUUUUGCGCAAUACCAACAUCAUAUAGACUGAUGGGUGUGGUGCAGGGGAUGGAGACUGUUUUGGCUGGCCGGGUCUUCUUACCUAUCCCUGUACCCAACACACAAUCACAAUAUCUACUUAAACAUGGCUGGUUUAGCUUGUGCACUGGUACAUUAUAAGUCGAUGGUGGCUAUGGCUUCCUCACUAGUGCCAUAUUCCUUCAAAUGCACAGACAAUGUGCACGGCGAAAGAAUCUUCAGCAAAGCUGAUCUACUAGGUCUAAAUAAUCUGCCACUAUCCUCCUUCAACACACAGAGUUCUGAUCUCGUACCUCGUUGUGGUUUUUGAAUGAAAAGUUUGUGCUUGUUUCUCCAUCAUGCGUAAUCAGAAUAUUUAGUGCUGGGUGUUAGAUGUACUUUGUAUAACCACUUCAGGUUUAAAAGUGCCUUCACCCAAACAUACUUGGAAAAAGACAUGUGAGUGUGAGUUAGUAGUGAUCUUUAAACAAACGUCAAUGGUGAGACACAAAUCAGAAAACAUAUCUACACUAUCUUUUACUUAC